AAACUAAAAAUCACUUUGCUGCUACUAGAGCCAUCUGUGAAAAAAGUUUUGAAUUACAAAGUGACAGCAAAUAUUUGCGUAAUUCUUGCGAAAAAAAGGAAAAAUUGCUUGUAAAACAAAAUAUUUUAAUUAAUGGUCCCUAAUUACGUGCUUUUAGUUCAAUUAGUGAUUAUAGAUAAGCUGUGCUUAGUGUUUGAGUGAAGGAAAGGGUGGGAAAGUGAGAAUUUCCAAUUUCUUGGGGGAAAAAACAAUUUAUAAGAUGGAAGAUUUGUCUCAAGAAAAUAUUUGUCGGGUUUGCCGAUGCGAAGGACAAUCAGACAGGCCACUUUUUUUCCCUUGCAUUUGCUCCGGAAGUAUCAAAUGGAUACAUCAAGAUUGCCUGAUGCAAUGGAUGCGAUACUCCCGGAAGGAAUUCUGUGAAUUGUGCGGCCACAGAUUCUCCUUCACUCCGAUCUACUCACCUGACAUGCCACGGGUACUUCCUCUCAGAGAUGUGGCUGGAGGCCUGGUGAGUUCAAUAGCCACAGCAGUCAAGUACUGGCUCCACUAUACACUGGUGGCACUGGCGUGGUUGGGAGUUGUGCCCUUCACCGCCUACAGAACCUACAGGUUCCUCUUUUCUGCCUCCUACGACAUGCUCCUGUCCCUACCCAUCAACAUGUUCUCCACCGAGAACAUUGCAGCCGAUGUCUUUCGAGGCUGUUUCGUAGUCACUUGCACACUCUUCUCCUUCAUCGGACUCGUCUGGCUGCGAGAGCAGAUCCUGCACGGAGGCGGCCCGGAUUGGCUUGAACGGGAUGAUCCGCCAGUACAGGAACCACCGCCUCCUCCAAAUGUCGAGCAGGAUGAGAAUUUGGUGGAGGCCAAUAACAAUAUUAACAACAACAAUAACAAUAACGACGUUCAGCAGAAUGUUGAGGCAAAUUUGCAAGUGAGGCCAGCUCACGACAACGGAGUUCUCGAUCCACAAAUGCCAUUCAUGGAUAAUCCAAUCAAUCGAGAAGAACCACCAGUUGCUGAUCCCGAUGAACCGGAAAUUGGCCAGGAAGUGGUGGGCGAUGAAGCCAAUUGGAAUCCAAUGGAAUGGGACAGAGCCGCAGAAGAAUUAACCUGGGAACGUCUGCUGGGCCUAGAUGGAUCCAUGGUAUUUCUUGAGCAUGUUUUCUGGGUGAUUUCUCUCAACACUCUCUUCAUCUUCAUAUUUGCCUUUUGUCCCUACACCAUUGGCAACAUGGCUAUUUUCUUGCUGGGAAUCCUAAAGCCUGGAAAGCCUCAAAUGCAUUUCCAUGGGCUACUGACGACACUUCUGGGCUACUGCAUCAUCGGGAUAACUCUCGUAAAAUUGCAUGCCCUGGCCAAGAUGCUUCGAAUGCGAAAGAGUCGAAGAAUCCUGGGACUGUGCUACAUUGUCGUGAAGGUAUCUCUGCUGUCUGUAGUAGAAAUUGGAGUUCUCCCAUUGGUUUGUGGUUGGUGGCUGGACAUUUGUUCCCUGCCAAUGUUUGAUGCCACCCUCAAGGAUCGCAAGGCGAGCUUCAAAGCUGCUCCAGGGACAUCUCUCUUCAUUCACUGGAUGUUUGGAAUGGUUUACGUGUACUACUUUGCAUCCUUCAUCAUACUCUUACGGGAAGUUCUUCGUCCUGGUGUCCUUUGGUUCUUACGUAAUCUCAAUGAUCCUGACUUUAGUCCCAUUCAGGAAAUGAUCCAUUUUUCUAUUCUGAGGCAUAUUAGGCGCCUGGUGGCUUCAGCAGUGAUAUUUGGUUCGGCUGUUCUUCUCAUGCUGUGGCUCCCAAUUAAUAUCCUCAAAAAUAUUUGGCCAACAUUUUUACCUUACACUCUGUCAGGAGAUUCGGAAGUCAACGAACUCAGCUUGCAACUGCUCCUCUUACAGAUUAUCCUUCCUGGAUUCUUUGAGCAGUCGCAGACGCGUGUUUGGCUGAAGGGAUUCAUUAGGAUUUGGUGCAGUGUGGUAUCUUGGUUCUUGGGAAUACGAAGCUAUUUGUUAGGAAGUGAUACUCAGCAGCAGAAUGCUGGACAGGAUGAGGGACAUCGACAUGCACCAGAUGCAGGACAAGGCUUAGGAGCUGCCCAUCAGGCUCUCCUCCAUCGGGAUGUUCCAGUUGGUUUUCAGCCGUAUGAUCAACCUUCCUAUUUUAUCCUUCGACUGGCUGGACUUAUUGUCUUUAUGUGUGUAAGUUUGGUCAUUGGUUCCCUCCUCACCCUCACGAUACCCGUUUGGAUAGGUCGUCAGUGUAUGACACUGUGGUUGGUGGGGGGUCACAUUGGUCAGACUCCGACAGCCGAAGAGGCUGCCCCUCCGAAGCCCCAUGAGCUGUAUACGGCUGCCAUGGGGACGUAUCUGUGUUGGAUAAUCUCCCGUGGGAUUGCCAUUGCGGUGAAUUUGUUUCCGCAGGGUCGUCAGGCUGUUGUGCAAAAGAUAAAGCAUUGGAUGAGUAUUGGGGCAUCCUAUGCCAUGGCAGCAGUGAUUUUUGUCCUAAUGUUCGGUGUGGUUCCUCUGCUGUAUGGCCUUUUGCUGGAACUUGUGGUAGUUGUGCCACUUCGGGUACCGCUAGAACAGACACCGAUUUUGUUUUUGGGUCAAGAUUGGGCUCUGGGAGUGUUGUACACGAAAAUCACGUGCGCUCUGACUCUCAUGGGCCCCGAUUGGGCACUCAAACGAGCAAUUGAGCGUGCCUAUCGCGAUGGACUGCGAGAUAUUGACUUGAAGUUCAUAAUAAAGGACCUGGCAGCACCUGUAAUAAUGUGCUUUGGCCUAGCACUGGCUGUUCCCUAUGUCCUAGCUCACUCUAUCUUGCCCAUUUUCUUUACGAAUCAACACACAAGGACACUUCUAGCACGCAGGAUUUAUCCCUUCUUCCUCAUCGUUGCUAUCGUAAUUGGGAUCAUUGUGUUCCAAAUUCGACAAUUCAAGAAGCUCUACGUCGCAAUUAAGAACGACAAGUACCUUGUGGGACAGAGACUUGUGAACUAUGACCAUCUGAAGAGGAAAGCCUCAAUGGCGCCAUCAAAUCUGCGCGAUCGAACAUAAAAAAAAAGACGCCUGCUAUGUUUUAUUGACAUUGUUAUCUUACACAAACUGCUAAAAAAAAUUAAUUGCAGGCAAGAAAAAGAAAAACAGAUGAAAGAUUCCAAAAAAUAGUGAAUGUUGCAAACUCAUUAAAAAAAAACUGUGAGAAUAAACUGGCAAAAGAUGAAGAUAUCAAGAUGAUAAAUAUUCAGCAAUUUCUAUCUUCACCUUUUUAGAUAAAAUAUUAAGAAAAAGAAAAUAUUUAUCACAUGAGAACUGAUUAGAAUAUUCUGACUAUUUUUGUUCUUUCCUUAUUAUUUAUAAAAAGAAAAAUACACAUUUUUCGUUGUUAAAAAAACUGUUCUCAUUUUUUUCUUCAAAAUUUCCUUCCUAAUUUCCCCCGUAGAAUUUAAGUGGAAUUUAGCUUAAGUCCAAAUUAUUGUAAAUAUUAAAGAGAAAAAAAAUUGUGUGAAUUCUGAAAUUAUUACAAUUUAUCGAAUAAAAAGUAAUAUUUUUA